AUGUUGUUGUAUAUCUAAGUUAUCAUUAACUUCACAUGCAGAUUUAUUGCCUACAACACUUUCCUCUCGGAAAAGAAAAGGCGGCAAAAAAUGAAAAUGCCAUUACUUAUUGGGAUGAGGAAAAAGUGAAGGCAAGAGUGAAAUCAGAAAAGAAUAGCGACAGAGGCAUACUGCAUGGCGUUCCGAGUGUCGGUGGGGCUUCAACAAGUGCAUCCAACACAGGAAUAAAGCUAACCCACCCUGAAAUCAAGAGAACGUAUGAAAGGUUGAUGACCAUGGUUGAAGGGUUGGUGUCGACAAUUGGAGAAGAGUUGGUUUCCCUGCAGUUGAGGUUGACGGAUGAGAUUGACAAGGAAGAUGUGGUGGAAGCAGUAAGUAGCGAAGAUGACAAAGAGAAGGCAACUGAAGAUGAAGAAACCGGUGAAGAAGGUAAAGGAAGCCCAAAAGAUUCAAUUCUGUCACAAGAGGAACAACAGAGUGAACCAGAAGGAGAUGAUAAAGAAGAGGGCAAAAGUGCUUCGCGUGAAGAAGAGAGUCAAUCUCAACCUGAGGAGAAAGGAGAAGGGAGUCACUCUGGAUCAGAGGAUGAUGGAGAAGAAAAAACACAAGACAAGUCUAGUGAUGCAGCAGCAAAGAGGAUAAGGGUGUAG